AUGAUUAUUGGUCCCGCUAUUGCAGAGGAUGUCCAAGUACUGGAGCAAUACAUGGAAUCUCAAUCUGGACCUAAAACAUCUAAAAGAGGACGUCUAUAUGACACUGUUUCAGACAAUCCGAAAGAUCCCGUGAUUUAUCUCAGUGUUUCCCGGCGAAGGGAAGGACUUUCUUCAAGUGAGCGACCGGGGGAAAAGCAGAAGGAAAUAUUGGAACAAAUCCUAGGACCAAACGUCGGCGAAGUUGUCAAGCUGUAUGGUCUUUGCCAAUAUCUCGUUAUAUGUGCUGAAUUCUUCUCAAUGGAGACUACACAACACCACGCAACAAGCCAGCAGAAUGCUUUAUCCUACUAUAGCGCAACUCAUUCUUCCGAGCAAUGCCUGCCGGAAGUUAGAGCUUACCACCACGCAAUGUUACGCGAGUCAGCAAAGGCAAUAAUCACAUUUCUAACUUCUCUAACGGAGCAGAAUCUUAACGAGUUCUGGAUGCCAUACAGCGCAUAUCAUAUUUGUUCAGCAACAAUAAUCCUCCUUCGUUGCGCAAUUGAUGCAAGUGAUAGGGAAACCGCCGAUUCUUGCAUGUCUUGUUUAUCAGAAGUAAAGCAAUGGUUAACUUGGGCAUAUGUUACUCAUCAUUGGGAUUUAGCAGAGAUUUGCCUAGCUCAAUGUGCAGAACCUAUUGAUAGAUUGAACGCCUCGUCGAGAUCAGUGGCAAUAGAUGCUCAGACAGGUGGCGCCCAAGCUUACAGUAUAGGAACGGGGGUUGAAGACCUAGGAGACCCGGCAAGCAUACCUUCUCUCGCAGAUACCGAAAGUUUUAUAAAUGGACUUGAGUAUCCAUUUGUUGAUCUGUGGGAUAUGUUCGAGCAGGAAUAUCAAUAA